CUGGCCGAUGGGAGACGGGGCUAGCUGACUGGAACUCGCCCACCAGCCCGCCAGCUCGCCCACGCACUCACAGGCAUGCCCCUUCUUAGACCUAACCUGUAGAGCUGCCUGCCUUUGCCUCGCACUCCAGGCCAGGAGCUGCUCACAGUAAGGGGAGCACUGUAAGCUGUAAGAGGAAGCCGAAUGUAUACGAUCCCCCCCCCCCGAACCAGGAGAAGACCGAACUGGGCCACUGACGCGUUCUGAUCCGUCCAGCACACCUGUUCCCCUCCCAUCACCUGCGUGCGAGACCUCAGGCGCUCUCUGCUGUGUUUGGAUGCUUUUUUUUUGAGACUCCGGGUAGAGGGCUGUCAGAGCAGUCAAGCCAUUGACUGGACCAUUUCUGGACUGGAGGCAAGAGCAUCCCGUUUCUGCAAAUUGAAAGAGACAGAGGACUUCAGCUCCCCAAGAGCGACUGAUCUGCGAAGCUCUUCCCGUUGCAUGCAUGGCAGAGACCAUGGGGACUUCAGAUGCCGGUCUGACCACGAGCACCCUGCACCCCAGCCGAGCCAGCUUCACGGAGAGCUCCCUGACCAUCCUGGAGCGGGAGGACCACGAGCUGAAAACCUGGGACCUGGAGGACACCAAGCCUCCCCGUGACCUGCUGUGUCCCGAGCGCAGCCUGUCGGGAGUCUACUUCUCCUGCUUCGACAUGCUCUUCACCGAGGACUCGGCCUGGCUGCUCAAGGUCCCCGAGGGAGCUCACGUCAGCCCCAGGCCGGACGCCCGGAAGGAGCCCGAGCAAUGCCCCGUCAUCGACAGCCCGGGCCUGGGCGUGUCCCCCGAGCUGGACUGCCAGAUGGAGGAGCGCUCCCUGGAGCAGGUGCAGAGCAUGGUGGUGGGGGAGGUCCUGAAGGACAUCGAGACGGCCUGCAAGCUGCUCAACAUCACUCCUGACCCCAUGGAGUGGAACCCGGGGAACGUCCAGAAGUGGGUGCUGUGGACGGAGCACCUGUACCGGCUGCCCCAGGUGGGGAAGGCCUUCCACGAGCUGAACGGGAAGGACCUGUGCACCAUGAGCGAGGAGGAGUUCCGACAGAGGUCUCCGCUGUGUGGGGACGUGCUGUACGCCCACCUGGACAUCUGGAAGUCAGCCGCAUGGAUGAAGGAAGAAUGUUCUCCCCGAGACAGCAAAUUUUCUGGAAGUGAUGACAUUUGGUCGGCAACGGAGGCGGACUCUUCCUGUUCGGGACAGCCAAUCCACUUGUGGCAGUUCUUGAAGGAGCUGCUGCUGAAGCCACAUAGUUAUGGCCGUUGUAUCCGCUGGCUCAAUAAGGAGAAAGGGAUUUUCAAAAUUGAGGACUCAGCUCACGUGGCGCGGCUCUGGGGCAUUCGGAAGAACCGCCCAGCCAUGAACUAUGACAAACUGAGCCGCUCCAUUCGCCAGUACUACAAGAAGGGCAUCAUCCGCAAGCCAGAUAUCUCCCAGAGACUGGUGUACCAGUUUGUCCACCCGGUAUGAACCGCAAGGGCCCGAGAGAAGGAGCCAGCAGGCGGCGGGCACCUGACUGAGCCUCGCCUCGCUGGCCACUCUCUCCUGCCGAACUGUUCUGUUGCCGAUACUGAGGGACGCCGGCUUCCGAAAUUGAAGGUGAUGUGCCGAACGUAUCCCUAUUCCACCCGUGCCAUUGUGAACUGCUGUAAGGAUGAAGUUUGUCGCCUCCUCUCAGAUGAAGACUGGCCUUGCACCAGAGGCGUGAAGAACAUGAGAUGAGACAUGAAGGAAACCCCGAAGACAGAGGGGGAAAACUCAGUGGCUUCAUCCGUCUUCAACUGCCUUUGCAUUCGCACAUUCUGCCUGCUCUUUCAUAUUUAACUUCUUUUCGAGGAACUAAUUUGUUUGUAGCCGGUAUAGUGAGUCAAGAGAUUUUCAGACUCAGAUGUUUAUGGGAAGGGGGGGGGGAGCUUUUUUCUUGUGGUUUACAGAACCAUACAGGGCUCUGUAAAGAAAAAUAGACUUUGUUUUGAAGGAGCGAUUCACCAUUCUUGAUGUUUUUUUAAAGACUGGUUUUAGGAAACCCUCGAGUUCUGUGCACUGAGAUUAUUUCGUGGGGGAACUUCAGUGGCAAGCAUCUGAAAAUUGGUGUUAGAGCCAGUCAGCUUUUCCCGACUAGACAAAUGGAAACCUAAAAUCUUGUAUCCACAGCACUGCCAGCAAUAGCCUAAAAGUGGGCAAGUCAAAUAGCUGACCUACCAAUUAAUUCCAUUUGUGGAUUGGGCACAAGCAGCUCAUUAGGAGUUGAGAAUUCUUUCACCUUUCCAUUACCAGAAAGCUACAUAUCCCUGGCAAGUGUCAUGAUAACCUGGGGCCAGUCCUGGAAACACAGGGCACAGGGCAGGACUAUACCCAGGACAGGUUAGAAACACUAAUAAAUUUAGCCAGCACGUCUUUGGAAGCUGGGCAGAAACCAGAACACCCACAGAAAAUCCGUAGAAAAACAGGGACAACAUGCAACAUGCAAACUCCACACAGAAAGCAAACCAGUCAGAAAUUGAACCCAUGAAGGUUCAAGAUUAGCUAGUAAAAUGCAAAACGCAUAUUUAAAACAUGGCACAUGGACCAAAAAUCACAUGGCCACACUAUGUCAGCAGAACUGAACAAAGAGCAGGAAUGGCCACUCAGUAGACCUCACAGGUUGUACUCAAUUAGCCACUUGUUAAGACUUGAUAAAUUGAUGAUUUGACUUCUUAUCCCAAUAAUUAGUUCAAUGAAGCCAAUAGGGUCAGAGAUGAAACAGAAAUUAGAGGGUGCAGUAGCAGGAAGGACUGGUAUUGACAUGUAGUAUAAUUUUGGAAAAAGCACCAUGAUGCACAGAGUUAGUGGUGAAGACAAAUUGUGGAACAGGGUCUACAAAUUUCAAGACUUGAAAGGAACCUUAAAGCUUUCCUUGACAGUGAGAAAACGUGCAUCAGCCAUCUCAUGGUAACCAUGUUUUUUUAAAACAAUUGAGACACUGGCUUAUCUGUCCUGGGGUUGGGGACUGAAAUUUUAAUUUUCCCCAUUUAAAGCCGAUAUGAUUUCACAGAGCAAACUUUGACCAGCUCACACCUUAUACAAAUGUGAAAACGAAACCCACUGUAUGUCUCCUGCCUUCACAGAGAUGACUGUUUUCAGGGCAUUUCAACAGUCUUUAUCGCAUGGUUCCCAGACAGAAAAAAAGACCAAACUUUUUGACUGAGUCGGCCUCUAUCGGCGGAUGGUGGGUGGGGGGUUUUUGGAAAUAGAAUUCUUUGUUUGAUAGAAGUGAUCUUUAUCAUCGACAUUUUAGUCAGUGUCAAACUUUAUCGCUAGGAUCAGUAGUUUGCACCCUGUUUUUUUUUUAAAUAAUUUUUCUCUUGUUGUGCUUGAGUCUAGCUGCUAUGCUACAACAAGGCUGUGAGAGAUUGGCUUUCUGCCCAGAAAUUUAAACACCUUUUAACCUCUGUCAUUAGAAAGUAAACUCUCAAAACUUCCUGCCUCACACAUCUGAUGGGAACUUUCCUUGGUUCAGUGAUUAUACCUGUGUUUGGGAAACCUGUGUACUCCAAAGGUAUUCACAAAUACUGUUUUUUCUCCCUUUUCUGUUUAUUUUGUAUUACACGUGAUUAUUACAAUGCAAUCUUUUGGCACUCACUUUUAUUUUCACUUAAACCCCGUCUUGUGAGCUGCAGGCCAUUUCCUAUAAUUGAUAACACCAGCACCAUGCUCAAAAAAUACAGGGAUCAUUUUAAAUUGGAACACAUCACCAAACAUCUUUGAUUAAAAUGUUGGUCGUUCAGAUGUAUGUAACUUAAGAAAAUAAGGAUCUGAAGGUAACCAAGGUUCAGUUCACAUUGUUUGGCUGUUCUUCACCUGUGUGAGUCUCAUGUCGAUGCUCUAACAAUGACAAAUUGUCUCAGCAUAGUCUAAUUUAUUUCCCCUAAACGGCACAGAUGGUGUUCCUUAAACAGGACUCUAAGGCAAGGCAAAAGUGUUUCCAGAUUAUCUCAAUGAAAAGACACCGUACACAAUCACAACAGGACAACUGGAUACCCGUAGGUCAUGACAUCUCUCACAUAGUUUGGGUUUCCAAGGAAACACCACUUGGCCCUCUUGCUAUGGGUUCUGUCCAGCUUUCCACAGAUCUCGCCUGAAAUCAUUUGUUGUUCAAUAUCCUUACCUUUUUGUGUGUAAGCAGGAGUAAUAUACCCAUUUUUGGGGACUUGAGAUAAUUUGGGAGGAGAUGACCUGCUGUCCAAUUACCCCUCCCACCUCCAUAAUUUCAAAAUUAUGGAUUUUCUGCCUUUACUUCAGAAUACGUUCUAUAUUUUUGAGAAUUUUUCUGGAUACUUUUUUUUCCAGAGUUUGACUUCUCAUUUCAAGAUUUGUCUUUUUUUUACAAAAGAAAAGUUAUACUGUAAAAACCAUGAAGGAUUUUAAUUGUAUUUCUGGAAGAAAAAAAUAUUUUGAAUGAAGGUCUGCUGCCUAAGUAACCUCUGUGUCUUGUGUUUGUUACUCAAUAAACUGACCCAGCCAUUACACAGAACAA